AUGAAGCAUUUGAUCACUACUACAACACCACUCUUGAACAAGACUUCAUCAUCAAAGGGUGUUGUUUUAUCUAGUAUUAAUAGUUGCCAAAAGGCUUGUAAAUCAACUGAUCAAGUAGGAGAAAAAUUCAAUCUCUUGACUAACGUCAAUCAUUUUUAUGACAAGGCCGCCAGUAUUGUACAACAACAAAAUCAAUAUCCAGAAGGUUUAUUAGAAUACAUCAAGGAACCUGAAGCUGUUUAUGAAUUUGUAAUUCCAGUGAGAAGAACUCACUCUUUGAAUAAGUUUGAUAAGGAUGUUACCUUGUUGAGAGCUUACAGAGCACAACACUCUCGUCAUUGUCUUCCUUGCAAGGGUGGUAUUCGUUAUACCAGAUUGACCAGAGACGAUAUUGUUGGUUUGUCAAUGAUGAUGACUAUGAAGUGUUCUUUGAAUAACAUUCCAUUCGGAGGUGCUAAAGGUGGUAUUGAUAUUGAUGUCAAUGACUAUAAUCCAAUCGAAUUGGAAAAAAUUACAAGAAGAUAUGCUACAGAACUCUUCACAAGAGGUGUAAUGUCCCCUGAAGUUGAUGUUCCUGGACCAGAUAUUGGAACCACUUCAAGAGAGUUGUCCUGGAUUCAAGAUACCUAUAGAGCAUUCUUCCCAAAUAAUAUUAACAGUUUUGCUUCUGUUACUGGUAAACCAGUUUCACAAGGAGGUGUCAGAGGUCGUGUUGAAGCCACUGGUAAGGGAAUGUACUUUGCCAUUCGUGAUUUUUAUUCUGACAAGGAAGGAAUUGCUGAUGACAGAGUUUUGCUCGGUAAAAAGGUUGUUGUCCAAGGUAUUGGUAGAGUUGGUAGCCACACUGCCAAAUUCUUGCAAAGACAAGGUGCCAUUGUUGUCGGUGUCAGCGACUCUACUGGUUCAAUCUAUAAUCCAAAUGGUUUGGAUGUUUCACAAGUUUUGUUGCACAGACAAACUAAGAAGACUUUGAUGGGAUAUCCAGAUGCUCAAGUCUCCCUCAGAGAUCCUAAGGAAUUGUUGAAGGUUGAUUGUGAUAUUCUCAUUCUUUCUGCAUUGGAAAAUCAAAUCAAUGCUCAAAAUGUUCAUGAAGUCGGUGCUAAGGUUAUUGUUGAAGGUGCUAACAUGCCAAUCUCUGCUGAUGCCUAUGAAGUUUUAAAGAAGAAUGGUCAAGAAGUUAUUCCUGAUAUUUAUGUCAACUCUGGAGGCAUCAUUGCUUCUUACUUUGAAUGGUUGAAGAAUUUGGGUCACGUCCAAUUCGGUAGAAUGACUCGUAGAGCUGAACAAAAUUAUAAGCGUGAAAUGGUUGAUGCUAUCACUGAAUUGUCUGGUAAGAAGAAGCUUUCUGAUCUUGAAUAUCUUGUUCUCACUUCUGGUUCUGGUGAAAUUGACUAUGUCUACUCUGGCUUGGAAGGUGUCAUGCAUGAAACAUGGGAAACCUUGAAGCAAGUUAAGGAAAAGCACAACGUUGAUUUGAGAACUGCUGCUUACAUUUCUGCCAUUGAAAAUGUUGCUUCCAGUUACAAUGAAGUUGGUGUCUGGCCUUAAUUUUUUACUCGAUUAUUAAAUUGGAUGAUUUAAUUU